AUGGAUGCACCCCCAGUAUAUCAGGUACAGCCUGAUAGCAAAGCACCAGCAUUUCCAGACCAAGACCUUGGCAUUGAAGCCCCCUUCGCAGACCUCAAAAUCGAUCCAACUCCUCAUGAUCCAGAACCCAAUAUUUGCCUCGCUCACCUCAGACUUCUCUUCGCCUUUGAAGCCCUCAAAGAGGACAUCGGCUACCACGAUGGACUGUUUGGCAUAUGGGACUCUCGUGCCGACGGAAAAAUUAGAGUUAGAGAGAAUGGAGAUGUAGAAGAGCUUCCUACUGAGGGAGAAUAUACUCCGGACCUUGAGGAUAAGAAGAAGGCUCUUAGCAAGCUGCGAGAAAAGCGAUGGAGUCUCUUCGUUGCGAGGGCUGUUGAUCGCUACCAAGACUGGUGGAAUUCUCUGUUUAAGAGUAUGCCGCCUUUGACCGAGGAUACGAUGAAAGACAAGGAUUCCUUUUUUGGACAGUUCAUUUAUGGGACGGAUAUGGAUUGGUGGGAAAAAGAGGCUCUUCCACCUCUUGAUGUCUUGUUGGUGUAUCAUUCCCAUCUCUUGAACCCCCAUAACUUCCUUGAAGAUUGUUUACGAAGAGGUGUCCGUCAAUUUUGGCAGUCUGGCAUACCAUGGGGUCGUGUCAACGCUGCUAUAGACGGUUCAUUCAACUACAACGUUUCAGACGAAAACAAAGCCACCUGGUUAGCCCAGACAAACUGCAGCUGGGAUAAUGUCCAUGACUCAAACUUCAAACCCAUCAACUGUCCUAACAAGAAUUGUCGUUCAAAGUUCAAAGUUCCUUGGACAACCUGUGCUCUUGAGGAAACACCCAAGACCUCGGAGAGACCGGGCCUUGUUGGCACCGGUUACGGCGACGCCAAGUUCGAAUCCCGAUGUCCAAAGUGCAACACAAAAGUCACUAAGGAAACACUGAGCGUGGCCAAGUUCUGCAACGAUGCUGAUGAUGUCGUGUUGAAGAGCAUACCCAUGCCAGGAACACUGCUCUGGCCACCAAGUGGCGUUCCAAUAGUGUUGAUGGACCGCACAGUGAACAAAUUUGACCAGCGCAUGUUUCCCAAUCACAUGAUCCAGCAUGUUCUGCGUACUCAGAUCCAGGGUCUUUUAGACUCUCCUGAUCCUGAGAACCCACCUACGAUGGAAACUGUGCGCAAGCUAAUCGAGACGGAAGCUCUCAUGAAACAGAGUGCACUCACGACCAUAUACGGCAAGCCAAUGAGGAGGGUCCCUCCCUUGUCAAGAGUUACAACUCGGAAGAUGAUGUCGAGAUACUGGGAGAAUUUCAGCCCCUUUGCUCUCGAUCUUACAGGCGCCGUCAUACGACAGGGAAUCUUUUCCGAAAAGAUGUGCAAAAUCGACUGGUUGCAUUCACCCACAGCGCGCGAAACUAUGGAACGUUGCUGUGUUAAGUAUAAGCGUUUCAUGAACCUCAUCGCCAAGAACCCGCGGAGCGUCGCUGUGCCAACUCUGGACGUUGAUUUGGCAUGGCACACUCACCAGCUCAGCCCUUUGGCAUACUAUCACUAUACUACACGCAAGACGUUCAAGUUUAUCAGACAUGACGAUAAAAUUGAAGACGGGAAGUUGAGUGAAGGGUUCGAGUGGACGAGUAAGAUGUACCAGGAGACGUAUGAUGAGGUUUACUCGGAGUGUACUUGUUGGUAUUGUGAGGCCACACGAGCUGCUCAUGUCUCUUCCACAGCAAGAAUUCUGAAGCUGUCUCAGAAUGAGAAGAUUACAGACAAGUUCUACGAGUCGGGAAAAGCAGAUAUGUGUCCACCCGACAACUCAGCGCACAUCUCUUCACAUAAUGCCGUCAGAGUCAACGACGAUCCUCUUCUUGCAACGAACCAAAUCGAAAGAGUCCAGAUCAGAAUGCGUGCAGUGCAUAACAGGAGGUUGGAAGAAAACUACCAAAAGGCUUGCAAACGCGCUGAGAAGAAGGGCCGUAAACUCCCACCAAAGGAUCAGUACUAUGAUCACUGGGGGUAUUCUUAUAUGAUGUACGGACCGUUUAUGGCACCUGUAAUGUUUGUUCCCAUCUAUGCCUAUGGAGCUGCACCGUCUUGUGCGGGUGGAAGCUGUGGAGGAGGCGUGGCAGCGGGAGCAUGUGGUGGAAGUGAUAGUGGUGGAGGUUGUGGAGGUAGCGGCGGCGGUUGCGGCGGUGGAGGAGGUUGUGGAGGAGGAGGAGGAUGCGGCGGCGGAGGUGGUGGAGGCGGAGGAGGGUGUGGUGGUGGAGGUGGUGGCUGUUAG